CAGCUCAGCUCCUCAAUCAUGGGACAGGACCUUUGAAAUAUUCCCCAGAUUCUCUUAUUCAGGAAUUCCAGGAGUCAGUGCCAAAGCAGAACAUUUCCAAGGGAGAGUUGCCCAAGAAAAUAGUUAUACAGGAUUCCAAAUUGGGAAAAUACAGGAAAUGUGCUGUCACGUUACAGAGGAAGGACAAUCAGGACAAAGCAUCUACACCUAUGGCAAUAACUCAUGAACAAAAUAUAUCUGGGAAAAAUCUAGGUGUAAUCCCUGUGUUACAACAAAGAGUUAAAAAAGGAACAACUAUCCCUAAACGCAAGAUACAUGCAAAGACCUCGAAGAAGCAUUCAAAUAUUCUUAAGAGCUACAAAAUCUCGUUAGGUAAAAAGAUUCGUAAGUACAACAAACACAAAAAAUCUUUUAGUUAUCACUCAGACCUUAUUAAAUAUUAUAGAAAAGCUCAUGUUAAAAAACCAUCCACAUCUAACGAACCUGGGAAAGCUAUCAGCUCUCAGAAAUAUCUUCCUGCACAUAAGAAAAUUCGUAGUGGAGAAAAGCCUCUUAAAAGCACGGAACAUAGGAAAACCUUAAUAAACAAGGGAAAACUUAGUGGACAGAAGUUAAUUCAUACUGAAAAGAAACCCUUUGCAUGCAGUAAGUGUGGGAAAACUUUUACAUAUAAGACAUGUCUUAUGAAACAUAGGAAACGUCAUAAAACUGAGAAACCUUUUAAAUGCCAAACAUGUGGAAAGGUCUACCGCUGCAACUCAUCCCUUAUUAAACAUGAGAGAUAUCACACUGGAGAAAAACCAUUCGUGUGCAAUGAGUGUGGUAAAUGUUUCAUAGAUAAGGGGAAUCUUAAUGCACACAAGAUAAUUCAUAGUGAAGAAAAACCCUUCCAAUGUGAUCAAUGUGAUAAGGCCUUCAAAAGUAGAACAAGCUUUAGACGCCAUCGGGAAUGUCAUACUGGAGAGAAACCCUUCGAAUGCAACGAGUGUGGGAAAGCCUUCAAAAUAAAGUUUUACCUCAUGAAACAUAAGAAAUGUCAUACAAAUGAGAAACCUUUUAAAUGUCAAACAUGUGGAAUGAGCUGCAGCUCUAAACCAUCCCUUAGGAAGCAUCAGAGACGUCAUACUGGAGAGAAACCAUUUGUGUGCAAUGAAUGUGGUAAAUGCUUUAUAGACAAAGGAAACCUCAAUGAUCAUAAGGUAAUUCAUAGUGAAGAAAAGCCCUUUAAAUGUGAUAAAUGUGGGAAAGCCUUCAAAAAUCGAUCAAACUUUAGACGACAUCAGAAAAGUCAUACUGGUGAGAAAUCUUUUGUGUGCAAUGAGUGUGGGAAAGCUUUCAUAGAUAAAGCAGACCUUAUUGUACAUAAACGAACCCAUACUGGGGAGAAACCCUUUGUAUGUAGCGAAUGUGGAAAGGGCUUCAUACGUAGUGGAAAACUUACAGAACAUAAAAGAAUUCAUACUGGGGAGAAACCCUUUGUGUGCAGUGAAUGUGGGAAAAGCUUCAGAGAAAAGGGAAAACUUAAUGAUCAUAAGAGAAUGCACACUGGAGAAAAACCCUUUGAAUGCAAUCAAUGUGGAAAGGCCUUUACUUACCAGUCAAGUCUUACUGACCACAAACGAAUUCAUACUGGAGAGAAACCCUUUGAAUGUAAUGAAUGUGGAAAAGUUUUCCGAUAUCCAUCAACUCUUAAUGACCACAAACGAAUUCAUACUGGAGAGAAACCAUUUGAAUGUUAUGAAUGUGGAAAAUCCUUCAGAGUUAGGAUAGGUCUUACGGCACAUGAAAGUGUUCAUUCCGGAGAGAAACUCUUUAAAUGUCUUGAUUGUGGUAAAGCCUUCAAACAAAGAAUAGGCCUUAGUGCACAUCAGAAAAAGUGUCAUAAAGAUGCAGAAGCCUCCACAAACAAGGAGAAACCUUAGUGUACAUAAGAAAUUUCAUAUUGGAAAGAACUGAAUGUAAUGAAGGAAGAAAACCUUUAGCUAGCGUGCAUACCUUAUGAAGCAUCAAAGACUUCAUACAAGAAAGAAACCUUUUGUAUACAGACUGUGAAAAGCUUUCCUAGACAAAGAAAACCUGGAUUAAAGUAAGAGAAUUCAUACUGGAGAAAAACCCUCUGAAAAUAAUGAAUGUGGGAAAGCCUUCAUCAACUAUUCAUCCAUUAGGAAUCAUAAGAAUGGCAAAAUAUUUAGCAACAAUUCAUGCCUUAUGAACCACCAAAGUUUCCAUCUUUGCCUUUACAAACAACUCAUUUCUUAAGCAACAUCAGAUAAUUGAUAGAAUCUCAGAUCUUUAAGGAACUUCAAAGACCAUCACAUUUAAACUGUGCCUAACAAAAUUCCCUCUAUAACAUACCUGAAAAAAAUUAUCAUCCAGUCUUUGCUUGAAGACAUCUAUUUGAGAGGAAACCCACUACUUCAUGAGGCAGCCCAUUGCAUUUUGAGAUACCUUUUUGUAAAGAAGUUUUUCUUUCAACAGGUCCAUCUUGUCUACAACUUUCUGCCUUUUAGGGACAGUCAGAAUAGUCUCUUUUUCCUCUUUUUCCUCUUUCAUAUGCUUGGCCUUCAGAUGAAAACUAUUAUGUUCCCAAAACUCUUCUCUUUUUAGGCUAAAUAUCCUCAGUUCUGUCAGUCAGCACUCCUAUGCCACAUAUUUGAAUAUGUGACAUGGAAAAACUUUCAGGUAUAGAAGAUGUCUUGGUGAGUAUAAUAGAAUUUAUUGAGAACUUCAUGUAUAUGAAGUAGAUAAAGCUGUGAGCCUGGAGUCAGGAAAUCAUGAACUUACAUUUAACCUCAUUUACUAGAACAAAUUCUUUGUUCUGGAAAAAUUACUUUUCCGCUGUUUGCCUCAGUGUCUUUAAUUGUAAAAUAUAGACGACAAUACUUAGCACAGUACUUGAGAUCUAGUAAGUGUUCUCUGUGUAAAUGCUUGUUCCCUCUUCUUUUCCUUCCUCAUAGAAUUUGAAUUCUCCUUAAAUAUAAUGAUAUGAAAAACUUUAGCCUCUGAAAGACUUCUUACUGAGCACAAGAUAUAAAUAUUAGAAAUCAUUCAGUGUUCUGAAUACUAACGAGACAGAUUUCAGUACUGUAUGACUGCUUGAAUUAAGGCAGAUAACCUGGAUCUCACAUACCUACCCCAAUAAAAACUUGAAAUUCAUGUCAGUGUAAAUAGUAACCAAAAAUCCAGUAAGAAAUUAUACUAAAUGACUUGAGAGUUGCAAAAAAAUUAAAAAAAAAAAAGUUAACUGAAAGCCAGUUAGCAAUAGGAAAGGGAACCAUCGGUGAAGUCAACUCUAGCUCCCCAGCCCAACCACAAUAACAGGCUGAAGAUAACUUAUAAUUUCCAAGGACUCUGUGUUUAGAAGCAGAAAGAGUAGAGAACCCCCCUCUACAGAACCCCAGGGUGGGAACCUUAUAAGCCCUGGGAAGGAGCACUUACCAGAGCGGCUUGGCAGCAGAAUAGGACAUCCCAGACACGCAAGGGCUUUAAGGGGCUUAGCAUCGUGUUCUGGGAUUCAGUAGAGGACCUCGAGCAGUGUAAUUCCAAUAGGUGGUCUGUACAGAAGCUUAUGGGACCCAAGUUGAGACUAAACAAGGUCAACCAUCUCACCUAAAAGCACACUAAGAGAUGGAACUUGGCUACAACUCAAAAUCUCAAAGGAAGAGUAAAAGCUGGAAAUAUGACUAAAUCAAAGGAAAUUGUGAUCAAUAUACACAGUUACUAUAAACUAGGAAUUCUUAAAAAGAAAGAGUAGCUCUAUGACAGGGGCAUCUAUAUAGAAUGUCAGCCCUAGAAUCAGAAGGAUCUGAGUUCAAAUUUAGGCUCAGAUAACUUACUAGCUCUAUGACUCUGGGCAAGUCACAUCACCCUGUUUGCCUCAGUCUUUUCAUCUGUAAAAUUAACUAGAGAAGAAAAUGGCAAAACCAAUCCAGUUUCUUUCCCCAAAAAUGGGAGAGUCCAAAUAGACUUACAAAGAAUCAAACACAACUAAUUGCCUAAACAAUAACUCUAUGACAACUAAAAGCAUUAAUUUAAAAAAUAAUGGAUUUUCACAAAGAUUACAUGAAUACUUAGAUGAAAUAAAGCAAGAGGAAAAAUAAAACUCUGAAAGAAAGAGUUUGAAAGAGAAUAAGUAACUUAGAACAAAAACUAUUAAAACUUACUCAGUAUCAGACUAUUUGAGUCCAGAAUAAAUUAAACAGAAAUCAAUGACUUUGUGAGGUGGCAAGAAAUAUUUGAACAACAACAACAAAAAAAAAGAUUGCAAAAAAAAAUUUUUAAUGCAAAAUAUAGCAGAAACAGCUGACUUGGACAACAAAUUGAGGAAAAUAAUUUAAGAAUCAUUAAAUUCCAUGAAAAACAUUUGUAUAAAAAGCCUAAACAUUGUUUUCAGUAAGUCAUAAAUGAAAAAACUUAUUUCAAUGUCAUAUACUAAAACUAUAGGGCAAAAUGGAGAGAAACUUCCUGAAAGAAUUAAAGGAAAAAUCUCAGGAAUAUUAUGGUCAAAAUCCAGAUCAUCCCAUCAAAGAAAACAUACCAUAAGCAUCAAGAAACAAUACCAAAACAAAAAACAGAACAUCACCAGAGUCACAGAAAAGGGAGCAGCUUAUACUAAAAAUUAGAGGACAUCAUGGAAUACAGUAUUCCAAAAAGGACUUUUAAAGAACUCUGAUCAAAACAGUGAAUAUAUAUAAUCUGCAGGGGGCUUGUGACAGAGCAAGUUACCCACCUCCAAACAGAGAGAAGAUAGUUAUUGUUAUUGUUUGUCCUUUGUUUCUCUCAUAUCUUCUCAUCUUCAGAAACCUUCAGAAGUGGAAUUGGCCUCUUCCAACUUUUCUCUUGAAGCUUGAAACCAGAAGUGACUCUACUGGCACUUGAAAAGUCCCAAACCAAGACUGGAAAAGGCUAGAAUUACAUGGUCCUCCAUGAUGGGAUGAUAGGCACAAAGUGCAGAAAAAGACAUGGUUUUUGAACAUAACCACUGUGAAUUUACUUUGCUUGAGUAUGCUUAUUAGUACAAGGGUUUCUCUCUCUUAAUUAGGGGAGCAAGAGUUAGCAAUGGUGAUUUUUUUAAUCCUAAAACUUUCCUACCAAAUCCCACUUCCACAAAGAAAACACAUAGCAAAUUAAAGAAAAUAAAAGAAAUCAAAAACAUAUAUUGAGAAAAUAAAAGAAUACACAUUGAGAAUAUAUAUAAACACAAAUAUGAAGAAUUAAAGAAUACAUAUAAAGAAAAAAAGAAAACACAUAGCAAAGAAACCCAUUUAUCCAAAUCAGUAGCAAAACAGAAAUCAAAGAAGGUAUAUACAGGAGUAUAUACCAAACAAUACAGAAUAAAAGCACUCAGUGAGAGAGAGAAAGAUUACCCAUUCUGGAGAGAGAGACUUGGAUUUUAUCCAAGGGGAGAUUCCCUGAAGUUUCUGGUACAAGAAGCAGGGAAUAAAGACAUCAUAAAGACUGUCCAUUCCUCUCAUAUCUUCUCAUCUUCAGCAACCUUCAGAAGUGAAAUUGGCCUCUUCCAGCUUUUCUCUUGAAGCUUGAAACCAGAAGUGACUCUACUGGCACAUGAAAAGUCCCAAACCAAGACUGGGGAAGGCUAGAAUUCUCUUAACUUUGCCCAUCCCUUACCCAGGGAUUCAUUCAUCUCCACAGAUAAGGAAAAAAUCCUGUACAAAUGGUUUUGGAGACAGGUUACAUUCCAAUUUAUUAUAUGUUUUUUUUUUUAAAGAGAAAAUUGGUAUGAAAUGGAAGUUCACAGUAUUGUAUAUUUUUUGUGUUCAGCUGUGUGUAAAUAAGAAAUUGUUCUUUGGGUGUUAAAGUUUGGAAUACAAAUUAAAAUUUUUAAAUGGAAAAAAAACCCUUUGAAUAUGAUCACUGAAAACCUUUCAGAGGUAAUUUGUUUUUCAUCAGACUUCAUAAAAUUCCUGUUAUUCACAUACUAUUGGUGUAUAUUAGUUAUAUUAAUGUAGAAGAAAUUUUAUUCAUGGCUGUCACUUUAAAUACUAGAUAGUUGAAGAUGUCAUGUUUUCUUAUGUGUUGUUUUCUGGUUUAUAAAAUAAAAAUUCAUUUGUUUCCAGCUCUAACAA